UACAGCGUGCACAUUGCAUUUGACCAGUCGACUUAGAACUGCUGACAGACCCGGCAGUCGCGCGAUGCACGAUACCUGUGCUUUUUACCUUUCCUCGCCGACCCUAACGCGCCUUUCAAGUAUUUACCCGCCGACUCGUUCGAUCGCCCCGAAGCCUGCUCGAUCGUUUCGUUCGCGAUCAGCUAUCGUCUCACCGGAUUCAUCGAUCAACGUUCAAGAUCAAGAAGCAAGAGAGACGCUGAAGUAAAAUCGGGAGGGAACUGUCGCCAGAUAGCCGGAGCGGCGACUUGGUGGCGAUUAUUGAUUGAGAAACGUAACGAAAAAGGUGCGCCGAGGGAAGAAAAUAGGACAGCCGAGAUGCGCGAAGUUCGCGAGACUCUUUCAAAGAGUAAAACGUUGCGAACGGCGACAAAUUCCUUCGUCGAACAUCUGUGCCCUAUAUUCGGAUUCCAUGCUCGACGCGUCGCGGCAAUGGUGCGCCAUCAAUCACCGGCUUUAUCGAUUCGUUCCAUCAUCGAUCCUACGCCGGAAACGGAGUCUCACUUUUUUUUCUCUGCGUAGUUCGACGCGUUCCGUCGCACAGUCGCGUCUACGUCGACGAAAUUCCCGCGACUCGCGGACUCGGUCGCGAGUGCAGUGUUCACGGCGUGAACCUUGAACUUUGCGCAGCUGUCGAAAUCAGUUGAAACACGAACUGAUGGACGGAAGAGACCGGAGAGAAAGAUUUGACUCUGAAGAUGAUUUAGAAAAGGAUUGUGAAAUUUUUGGUUGACUCUAUGUGUUGCACCGACUAUGUGCGUCGAUUAUGGAACUUGUCGCCAUUCGACUCGGACUCACAGUGAACUUUGGACUUGGAAAAAUUUCAAUUCUCUCCAUGUGUCAACGAUAUGAUUUGCGACACAUUCGCACGACACAUUCGCGAUGCUUUGUCGAUUCUAUUUUUGCAUAUCUAAUUUACUGCCUAUCUACAACAGCUACAAGAGCUAUAAUUUUUUCAGUUUCGCGUUUCUUCGAAUUGCCUGAACGAAGUCCAAAGUCGCACGUCAGAAGGAAGUGUUCAACGUUUCCUUAUUAAAGAAGAAUCGAUCCACGGUCGACUACGUUUGAAUAUGCAUAUGUCACAAAUGCGAAUGGUGUACUAUUCAAUAAAAAAAAAAAGAAAACGAUGAUAAUCGUGGUUAGGGCCUGGAGAGAAAGAAGAGGGGGAAACGGUUGAUCGAGUGUCAAAUUCGCUUGGCCGGAGGAGGGGAAGAAAUUGGACAGGUCUGGCGGUAACGAAUCAUUAUCUCUCUUUCGGAGCUCUUUGUGAAUUAUUGUUACGAGCAUUUUCAAUUUUCACGUAACACUCGGCCGACAUUCGUUAACUUCUGCUCGUCAGCCUUCUGUUCGCUGCGAAUCCUUUUCAUAGCAAAUUAAGACCCGAGACAGACAGAGAGAGAGAGAGAGAGCGAGAGAGAUCGAAAUCUGCCUCUGUGAGCGACGUUUCCUGUUGUGUGUUGUCUCGUUCAAGUCAUCGCCGAGAGCAAUUCAAGUUCGCAUUAUCCAGCUCGCGACAAACGUAAUUUCCAUCAAGAUAAUAGGACCAGGAGAUCGUCUUAGUGGUACUUAAUGACGCUUAAUAACACUUAAUCGCGCUUGAUGAUAAAAGGAAGAACUGAGAAAUGAAUCUUCAAUGAAAAUCGUAGUGCAGGGUUUCGUCGGACGAUACAUAGAGAUAGAACCAAAAGAGGAACCGAUAUGAAAUUAUGGAUGUUCGUGAAAGUCAGCCUGAUCGCCGUCACGAUCUUCACGUUCACCCUCUACGUUCUGUCCUUCUAUUUCAACUGGAAGAUCGACGACAUCCUCCACUUCAGGCGGAUCAUCAAUGGCGACGCGCGAGUGAGGAACACGACGAAGAAGAUCCUGUUCUGGAACACCAUGUUCAACGACGAGACGUUUUACAUGGGCAAGGGCGACAUAUUCCACGACUGUCCCGUAAACGAUUGUUACGCGACGCACGACAGGAGCUACGCGAAUCUGAUGGACUUCGACGCGGUCCUGUUUCACGGUAACGAGCUCGAGUUCACCGAUCUGCCGAGGAGUAGGUCACCGCGGCAGUGGUACGUUUUCGUGAAUCUGGAAAGUCCGGCCAACAGACCGCUGACCAGCUACUUUUACGAGGACUUCUUUAACGUCACGAUGACGUACAGAUUGGACAGCGACAUCGUGUGGACCUACGGAAUCGUUAAGGAUUCCCACACCGGCGAAAUCGUCGCACCUAGCAGAAACGCGAAUUGGGACGCGUUUUACAAUCGGUCAGGUGGUCGAUCGCUCGCUGACGAGGGCGCCGCGUCGUCGUUGUCGAGGACGAUUCGAGGCAAGACGAAGCCGAUCGUCUGGUUCGUAAGCAACUGCCAGGCAAAAAGCGGCCGGCAGGAGUACGUGAACGAGCUGUCCAGGCACAUACCGAUCGACGUUUACGGGAAAUGCGGCAGCAUGAAUUGUCCAUCGAGCGACGAUUGUUUCGCACGAGUCGCCGAACCCAACUACUUUUUCUACCUGUCGUUCGAGAACUCGCUGUGCGACGAUUACGUAACCGAGAAGCUGUACAAUGCCCUCAGAUACAACAUAAUUCCCAUCGUUUACGGCGGCGCCAAUUACAGCCACUUUGCACCGCCGCUCUCCUACAUAGACGCCCUCGACUUCGACACGCCGAACAGCCUGGCUGAAUAUUUAGGGAAGCUGAUCGAGGAUCCGCGGAAGUACGGCGAGUACUUCGCCUGGAAGAGAUAUUACGAAGUCGACGGGGGCAUUCGGCAGGCGGUGUGCAAUCUGUGCGAGUUUCUCCAUAAGCGGAAGAGGCCACGGACGUAUGACUCGUUGUCUAAUUGGUACAGUCGGUCGAAAUGCCCCUUGCAGAAAUAUCUACAUUACCAAAGUUACCUCACGGGAUCCGUAUUCAAAGACUGACUUGAUUAUACUUUAUAUUUUUCUAAAAUAUCGCCGCGCGAAUGUAAAUGAAUUUUCCUACCGCGAAAUACAUUUAUUGUUGAUUUAGGA